GAUACUUCACCAUGAAAUGCUUGCUACCGGAAGUAAAGUGUUGCUGCUGCUGAACAGCAUGGAGUAACUUGAAUUGAUAUUAUGGUUGUGUAUUCAUUUCAACGAUACAAUUUACAUUCCCGGGGACACCGAGAUAUACAGAGUUCAAAUCUUCGUCUGAAUCGUUAUAACAUCCUGGGCCCACGCAAAGACACAAGUGGACACAAAUGAUGGCUGCCUCUGGGAAAAUCGCCUCCUUCCGUCUGCCUCCCUUACCCACCAUCGGCGAGGUGAUAAAGCUGUACAAACUACGAGCCACCAAACAGCUGUCCCAGAACUUUCUCUUGGAUUUGAGACUCACAGACAAAAUCGUGCGGCAGGCGGGUAAUUUGAAGGGGGCCCACGUCUGCGAAGUGGGCCCUGGUCCCGGCGGGCUGACGCGCUCCAUCCUGAACGCGGGGGCUGCAGACCUGCUGGUGGUGGAGAAGGACACCCGCUUCAUCCCCGGGCUCCAGCUCUUGUCGGAGGCCGCACCUGGAAAGCUGAGGAUCGUCCACGGUGAUAUCCUUACUUACAGAAUGGACCGGGGAUUCCCAUCCGUCAUCUCAAAGCCAUGGGAGGAAGAUCCACCAAACCUCCACAUCAUCGGGAACCUGCCCUUCAACGUGUCCACGCCACUCAUCAUCAAGUGGCUUGAGCACAUGGCCAACCGAACCGGGCCCUUCGCCUUCGGACGCACCAGGCUGACCCUGACCUUCCAGAAGGAGGUGGCCGAGCGGCUGACGGCCAGCACGGCCAGCAGACAGAGGAGCCGUCUGUCCGUCAUGGCCCAGUACCUCUGCACCGUGCACAGCUGCUUCACCAUCCCCGGCCGGGCCUUUGUCCCCAAGCCCGAGGUGGAUGUUGGAGUCGUCCACUUCACUCCGCUGGCUCAGCCCCAGAUCCAGCAGCCCUUCAAGCUGGUGGAGAAAGUCGUCCGCAAUGCUUUCCAGUUCCGCAGGAAGUACUGCUACAGAGGCUUAGAGUUGUUGUUUCCCGAGGCGAGGCGUCCGGAGCUGGCCGAGGCGAUGCUGCGGCAGGCGGACGUGGACCCCACCCUGCGGCCCACGGAGCUGACCCUGGGCCACUUCAGGGCCCUGGCGGACGCCUACGCCGGCCUGUGCUCCCUGGACCCCGGCCUCGCCGCCUACGAGUUCCGGGAGGAGCUGAGGCUCAAACGCAUCAUACGGAAAACGGGCUCGCCCGCUCCACCCUACCCCCCCACCGGGGGGUAGCCCGCUGAGAAGAGGCCUGGCCAUGGCAGCCCCGAAUGGACUGCAGGGAGUGGAAUGGACAGCUCCCUCAUCCCUUCAUCGUGUUUUUUUGACCUUCCACGAAUGGUAUUCCACGUGAGCCGUACGAUUAAUAUGGAGACAGUAUCUGAGAGUUUAGAAACAGGUUAGCACAGAACCAGGUGUUUUUGUUCCUGGCGGAUUUCAAUUGUAAGAUGGAGUGACAAACUGGAGCGCUCAAAGCAAAGAGUUUUGCUGCAGGGAGCUUGGCAGCCUUCCAAGCCCAUGCGACAAUGGUUACCUCUGAUCCAACUCUCACAACACCUUGUCCUGUGGGAGCUAAAAAAAAGGGAAGUCAGAAAGCAUUUUCUGGAUGAUUUGGAGAAUGGGAACAAGAUAGCAGCACUGUAUAAUCCAGGCCAUUUCCUCGCUGUGUAUUACUUAUUCACCAGGGAGGGAGAGGAAAAAGUGAGAAAGUGCUGUGGAUUUGUCAGCCUUAGAAGUUCUCCUGUGGUAUAAAAGAUUGACGGCUCGUGUCUCUACAAUGAAACUUUCUAUUAGUUUUCUGACUACUGUCCUUUCAAUGUUCAUUACCAGUGUCUUUUGUUUUAGAUACAUGUGUGAACCACAAUACAAAUAAUGUUUGAAAUGUAUUGUAUGUACAAUAAAUCUUAACAGCCUCUGAGGUGCAGAAAAUU